AAGCAACUUCUCUGACUGAAGAGCUCUUCACUCCCUUGCUAAAGUGGUGGAGGCAGCAAUGAACUGGUCCUGGGGCUUUGCUUUCUGUUGUUACUUAUCUCUGUGGGACUUCACCUUGUCCAGUCAUGUUCUCCACCUGCAAAAGCCUCCGUCAACCACAAGACCAGGCUUUCCAGUCCCCAUAGACACCAAAGACCCUGGAGUUCGCAAGGCAGCUCGGUUUGGUGUUUAUCGAUAUAACAAUGGCUCAAAUGACUUCUUCCUCUUCAGAGAGUCUCGUAUAACCAAAGCCCUUGUCCAGAUUGUUCGAGGGCUGAAGUACAUGCUCAAUGUUGACAUCACCCGGACAGUGUGUAACAAAAGAAACCAAUCCAGUUUGGACAACUGUGACUUUCAGAGGAAGAAAGAGCUGCAACAGGUGGUUCCCUUUUCUCUGAUUUCCUCUUCGGGUUCUCUCAUAGCAGCAAUUUCAGCAUCUGACCCACACCUGUUAGUCAAUGGGAGACCUCCCACUGGCUUUCGUGGGCUCUGCGCUCUCACAACACUUCACUCCUGCACAUGGACCUAGUGAUACUCUGAGACAAAACAGAGCUAUGCCUGUGGGUGCUUGUCCAUCUUCAUCCACCUUAAGUCACUUAGAGCAGAGGGGCAAACUGUCUAGGUGUAACUUCAUUAUAUUGCAGCCAUCACAAAUGGCAGCUAUUUUAGCAUUCAGUUUGAUAGAAAUAAAGGCUGAGGUUUUUCACUGGCUGCAGUGAGAAUAAAGUUGGACCCCCACUGUGCUUUUGAAACUUCCAUCCAUCUGGAGGGAGGAGCCAUCCAGUCCCCAGCAGAGCAAAAUGCUGCCUCCCUACCUCUAGGUCUAGGACCUCUAGGUCUUUUCCAAAUUGGAAGGCAGGACACAUGACCGUUUCCCCCCCACCCCCCUCUUGGCACAGACAGAGCAGAACCAAGCAGAGCCCAUGGAGUGGGGGCAGGGGGACAGGGGGAAGGAUGCCCACUUGAGGCUCAGGGCUCCCUACCCUGCUGCCCCCCCAGGAGCCCCGCACUGGCUGGACCCCCAUGGUGAGGUGCCCCCUACCCACUUGGCAGCAUCAAGGAGCACAACUCCAUGCUGCUGCUGCCACCACCACCACUGCUGCUGGGCAGGGAGGGGGUGCCUGGGGCUGUAUUCCCAGCCACGGGCAUAUGUGUACGUUCAGAUGCAUGUGGUACCCCCUGCAUCUCACUCCAUGCAGCCUCUUGCCAGCCUGCAAGGGGACACCUGCUGUUCCUACAGUGAAUGGAAAACCCAGAUCCCUGCAAAAUACUGGGAAUCUGGGACAAAUCCUGCCCUGGAAACAUGCAACUUGAGGCCAGGACUUGAUGUUCCCAUUUUGGGAUUGCCCUUCCCAAUUAGGGACAGGUGGUCACCCUACCUACCUCACCUUCACUGCUCCCUCGCACCAUCUGGCUUCCUGGUUAGAAGCUGUAGAGCCAGGCUAAUGGCUGCUUUAUAAAGCCUUACCUCAGGGAGACUACACCUGCCCCCACAGGGUGCAUAUUCCUGACAGAGCAGGGUCACCUCCCUUCUGUUCCCACACUUCUUCUCUUCUAACAUAUGGCCCCAGUCAGUAAAAUAAGAGUAAAAAAAUUCUGACACAGGCCCUGACUUGGGGAGUCUAACACAUUGCCUUCUGC